AUUCUCUCUCCCCUCCCCGUCCCCGGUGGCCAAUCCCACCGCCGUCAGCUCCUUCCCAGAACCUUCCACUCCCCACCUCUACAAAACCGCUAAACCCUCCACUCCCCACCGCCGCCGCCGCCGCCAUGGGCUCCUCCUCCUACCUCCCCGCCUCCUCCAUGAACUCCCCCGGCCCCGACGACGACUCCCUCUACCUCUACCUCUCCGAUCUCAUCCCCGCUUCGCCCUCCUCCUACCUCGACCUCCCCCCGACCCCGCACCACGACCACCACCAUCACCUGCCCUCCACCGACCUCGAUGAUCUCGUCGCGGGCGGCGCCGACUCCCCCUCCUCCACGCCCGAGGACCUCGUCCUCCCCUACAUCUCCCGCAUGCUCAUGGAGGAGAACAUCGACGACAAGUUCUUCUACGACUACCCCGACAACGCCGCCCUCCUCGAGGCGCAGAAGCCCUUCCUCGACAUCCUCUCCGACCCUUCCUCCAACUCCAACUGCACCUCCGACGACACCAACCGCGCCGCCUCCCCGUGCUCCCCAUCCGACGGAUCCGUAUGCACCUCCGCCAUCACGAACGCCGACUCCUACGACCGCCGCUUCCACUACGACCCCGUCGUCGACCUCGACCCCGCAGCCUUCUUCAGCGCGGGCGCCAACGCUGAUCUCAUGAACUCCGCCUUCCUCAAGGGCAUGGAGGAGGCCAACAAGUUCCUCCCCUCCCAGGACAAGCUCGUCAUCGACCUCGAGGCCUCCUCCGCCAACUUCUUCAGGGGACUCGACGAGGGCAACAAGUUCCUGCCCACCCACAACACCAAGGGAGCGGCGCGCACCGUGAAGAAGGAGGAGGCGGUCGAAGCAAUCUCGGCCAUCUCGUCCAUCUCCAACUCCAACUCCAACUUAACCUCCGGGGGCGGCGGCGGCCGGGGCCGCAAGAACCCGUACCGCGACGACGAGCUGGAGCAGGAGGGCGGCAGGAGCAGCAAGCAGAGCGCGAUGCAGGGCGACGACGUCACGGCCCGGGAGAUGUUCGACAGGAUGCUCAUGCCCUCGGAGGAGAUGUGCGUGGAGCAGAUGCAGAACCUGCGGAUCGCCAUGCAGGAGGCGGUGGCCAAGAACGACGCCGCCGGCGGCGGCGCCGGCAAGGACGGGAAGGCCAGGGGCCGCCGCGGCGCCUCCGACGUGGUCGACCUGCGCACGCUGCUCAUCCACUGCGCGCAGGCCGUCGCCACCGACGACCGCCGCAGCGCCACCGAGCUGCUCAAGCAGAUCACGCUGCACGCGCGCCCCGACGGCGACGGCACGCAGCGCCUCGCGCACUGCUUCGCCGAGGGCCUGCAGGCGCGGCUCGCCGGCACCGGCGGCAUGGUGCACCAGUCGCUCAUGGCCACGCGCAUCUCCGCUGUCGACAUGCUCAAGGCCUACCAGCUCUACAUGGCCGCCAUCUGCUUCAAGAAGGUGUCCUUCAUCUUCUCAAAUUCUACCAUCUAUAUUGCCUCCUUGGGGAAGAAGAAGAUACAUAUCAUCGACUAUGGCAUACAGUAUGGGUUCCAGUGGCCGUGCUUUCUGCGGCGGAUAUCGCAGAGGGAGGGAGGGCCACCAGAGGUAAGGAUCACCGGUAUUGACCUCCCUCAGCCUGGGUUCCGGCCGAAAGAGCGCAUCGAGGAGACAGGACGCAGGCUCAGCAAGUAUGCCAGCGAGUUUAACGUGCCGUUCAAGUACCAGGCCAUCGCGGCGGCAAAGAUGGAGUCGCUCCGUAAAGAGGAUCUCAACAUUGAUCCUGAAGAGACGCUCAUCGUGAACUGCCUGUUUCAGUUCAAGAACUUGAUGGAUGAGAGCGUUGUGAUCGAGAGUCCAAGGGAUGUUGUGCUCAGUAACAUCCGGAAGAUGCGUCCCCACACGUUCAUCCAUGCAAUUGUGAAUGGCUCAUUCAGCGCGCCGUUCUUCGUAACACGGUUUCGGGAGGUGCUCUUCUACUACUCCGCCCUGUUUGAUGUUCUGGACACAACCACCCCAAGGGAUAAUGAACAGAGGAUGCUGAUUGAGCAGAACAUCUUUGGGCGGGCUGCCCUCAAUGUCAUUGCCUGUGAGGGUACAGAUAGGGUGGAGCGCCCUGAGACUUACAGGCAGUGGCAGGUAAGGAACCAGCGGGCAGGUUUGAAGCAGCUGCCAUUGAACCCAGAUGUCAUUGACAUAGUCAGAGAGAAGGCCAGUAACGGCUACCACAAGGACUUUGUGAUUGAUCUAGAUCAAAACUGGCUCUUGCAGGGAUGGAAAGGGCGCAUCCUCUAUGCCAUCUCUACCUGGGCGGCAAAUGAUGCUAGCUCUUAGUUUUUAGUUGUCGUUAUUUUCACCUGGCUACCGAUAUAGUUCUACCUAUGUCAACAUAGUUUCUGUGUGCUGUGUAUGAACCCAUGGUCUAGUUAAUAGCCUUUGCUCAGUGGACUCAUGUCUUGAGGUUUUGCAGGAGAAGCGUAGCUUAAGGAUGUGGAAAUGAAAACAUAUCAUGGCAUGCUACAUAUCCAUGGUGUUAUGUGAAUUAGAUGUCUAUGCAGUCAUGUUGCUGUCUAAUGCCAUAGCUAUUAUCAUAGAACUUUAGACUUGGAUGUCCUGAUCUGGAUGUUGUUUGCUUGAAGGUAUGAUAUGUGCCUGUGAUCAACCCAGUCAGUUGAUCAUGUUGUAAUUGACACUAGUCAGCGUGUUCUAGGUGCUUUUCUGCACUUUGGCAGGCAGUAACAUUGUAAUGAAUAACUUUUUGAAUUCUC